AUGAUAUUUAUAAUAGAUGGUCGAAACGUCUCGUCGCAAACUAUAGAUACACCCGAAAUUUUUUCAGAUUCUUGGCUUGAAGGAUGUUCUUGGGUCAUACAGAUGGGCUGCCAAGAGUGGGGUCUUCAAAAGGAAUUAUCACUUGCUGACCCUGUGUCUGAACUGGAUGGGGAUGUAUCAUGGGAGAUACUAUAUUCUGCCUCUUUUGAAGAAUUUGCUUCAAGUAUUUUUACAAGGUGUCAAGACCAUCGUUUAUACCUUUUUGGGGGGGUUGUAAAUUCUGAAAGGCGAAUACCUCUUGCUCGAGCAAUAGAUAUCAUUAUUGAACAAGGUUGCUUGCAAGCCAUGUUUGGAAUCCAUACCUUUAGACUCGAAAGUGUAGCACAAGGGAAAGUUGCUUAUGUUGAUGAAUUACAAAUUCAAGGUGUUUCUAAUCCUCAACUUUUAAGAAAGGUGAUAGUAAAAGAAGCUUCAAAGGUUAUACAAAUACAAGAUGUUGGUACUGGUAGGAGUUGGAGACAUGGUAGUGAACCACAAACUCCAGCUCAGAUGAGAUCCAGAUCUUUUACAGAUGGAUCAAAUUUUUUAAGAUCAGCAUCAAGAAAUUGGAAGAAUUCACCUCGACCUCCUUUACAAGAACAGAGAGGGUUGAAUCAUACAGAUGUCAUAAUAAACAAAAUGGUCCAACUCAGCAAAUCCAUCAAGAAACUGGAGGGGAUUGUAGAAAAGACUCAAGCUACCCAUGAUUAUGAAAGCAGAUAGGCGAAAGAUUGGAGAAAUAGAAAACGGGUUUCUUGUAAAUUCUAGGGCUCAGAUUUUUUGGAAGGGUUGGUAGAGCUUAGAAUUAAACUUGAUGAUGUAUGAUUCAUUUACGAUGAAAUAAAAGAAUUAGAUCUAUUGGGAAAAGGGAGUCUCUUUGUUUUACUUUGAUGAUUUAUAAUUCAACAUUUUAUUUAAUUUGAUGGUGUAUA